CGUGGCAUUUUUUGCAGCGUGCCCCUUAUUGGCGGAUAUUCGUGUUUCUCUGCGCAUCGUGAUUGGCUGAGUGCUCAGUAGACGCCUUAAUGUUUAAUACUAAUGUUUCUCUGGUUGGCUGAGGACUGGGAAGGUCCAACCAAUGUUUUUCACUUGCUUUAGUGGCUGCGGCUCCCUAAUUAAUUGCAGCUAUCUGUCUCCUAUCGAUGUGUGUGUACGUGUGUGUUGUGUGUGUUUCCCCUUUUCUCCCCAAACCGAACAUGAAAUAGUUUAUUGGGCUAUACUUUCUUUCUUCCUUUCUAACCCCCCCUUCCUUCCUUCCCGUCCUGGUUCGCCGGUGGAGACCGGGAGGACUGAAACCCAACUGUGUUCGCCGCCCGCCUCUGCUCGCUGCCGGUUCCCCCCUCACUGCUCGGUGAUGUUGGACAUGGGAGAGCGCAAAGAGGUGAAGAUGAUUCCUAAAUCGUCGUUCAGUAUAAACAGUCUGGUUCCCGAGGCCGUGCAAAGCGACAACAACAACAGUCACCACCACCAGAACCAGAACCAGAACCAGCACCGAGUUGCUGGCUCGGACGAUGCAGAGCAAAAAACGCCUCUCCCGGCCUCGCAGGCGGACGGCAAAGCCCACACGAAAAGUGAGUCGCUGAACCCGGAGAGCUGCCCGGAAGAGAAACAGGAGGAGAAAAAGGACGGGAAAGACGGAGAGAAGGAUGGAGAAAAGAAAAGUGGCAAGUACGAAAAACCACCUUUCAGCUAUAAUGCUCUGAUAAUGAUGGCCAUCAGGCAGAGUCCGGAGAAACGGCUCACUCUCAACGGCAUUUAUGAGUUCAUUAUGAAAAACUUUCCAUAUUACCGGGAGAACAAACAAGGCUGGCAGAACUCCAUCAGACACAACCUCAGCCUGAAUAAGUGCUUUGUUAAGGUGCCUCGGCACUACGAUGACCCGGGGAAGGGGAACUAUUGGAUGCUGGACCCCAGCAGCGACGACGUGUUCAUCGGCGGAACCACCGGGAAGCUCCGCCGGCGCUCCACCACGUCACGGGCCAAGCUGGCUUUCAAGCGCGGUGCCCGGUUAACCUCCGGGCUGACCUUCAUGGACCGGGCCGGCUCCUUGUACUGGCCGAUGUCCCCCUUCCUCUCCCUUCACCACCCGCGGGCCGCCGGUGCCCUCGGCUACAACGGGACCUCGUCGGGAUAUCCAGGCCACCCGAUGUCCUACAGCAGCAUGCUCACACAGAACAUGAGCAACAGCCACUCGUCGUUCUCGUCCUCCAACGGGCUGAGUAUGGACCGACUGGUCGGUGGGGAUCUUCCCUACGCGACGCACCACCUGACGGCGGCGGCCCUGGCGGCCUCGGCGGUGCCUUGCGGCCUCUCUGUGCCUUGCUCCGGGGCCACUUAUUCAUUGAAUCCGUGCUCGGUGAACUUGUUGGCCGGACAGACGAGUUACUUUUUCCCUCAUGUUCCACACCCGACCAUGAGCUCACAGACCAGCGCCGGCGGCGGCGGCUCGUUGCAGGCUGCCCGGGUUUCGGCUUCCAAUUCCCCGCAGGCUCCGUCCUCUUCCUCGCUGCCAUGUGACACUCUAAGGCCGCCUUUGUCCGGCUCUCUGCCCGCCUUCUCCUCGGGACUUUCCGGGGGUUUGUCUGACUAUUUUACACAUCAGAACCAGGGGUCAACUUCUAACCCACUCAUACACUAGAUCCCCCGAACCUCAUCCAUCCAUCCAUCCAUCCAUCCAUCCAUCCAUCCAUCCAUAAAGGAGUGGUAAUCUCAAAGUGAUUGGAACACUAACGUGAACGUUUUUAACACUGAACAUUUAAGAUGUAAAAAUGAAACAAAUUAUUAUAAACUACUACCUAUUAUAGAAAAAAAGAAGAGAGACUUAAACUGCAAAACAAAAAAGAGCAGCACUGAGAAACUCAGAAAGCAGCACUGACAUUUCCAGGUAUUUUUUUAAUAUUAUUAUUAUUAUUAUUGUUUUCUCUUCUUCAUGUUCUUGUUGUUUUCCUGCCCCAUCUCCUCCCGCAGUUUUCAUUUCUGUGUACAUAAUGUGUGUUCUAAGUGUCCGAGGUUUGUCUCUGUAUAAUAAUGUCAGUCAGUGACGUGCAAUGUGACCUGAGGAAAGAAGCGAGAGAAUGAGAGCAGAGCUUAGCUCAUGUUUUUCUUUUCUUGUUGGAGGAGGCAUGUUUUUUUCUAUUAGAAUGAGUAUUUCAAAUAGUUUUCUUUAAAUAAAGAUUGUUUAAUAAUAAUAAUAAUAAUAAUAAUAAUAAUAAUAAUUUGCCUGCAUGUGUCAGUACCAUGCUGGUUAGAAUAGAAGCGGGGAUAAGUGAACGAUCUUCUUCAAUUAGCAUUUUUAAAAAGUUGAAUGUUCUUAUUAAAGCUUGAGUCCAGAAUGGCCUCUGAAGAUUCUUCUCCAUUCAUUCAUUGCCUGGUUUUAAAAACUGCUGACGCGCUUUUUAUAGACCAAAGAAUCUGUUUGAUAUGAAGUCAGUAUUGUUCUGUAUAUUCUGAGAGGUCGGAAUAAAGGAGAGACUGAUUCCUCCAUCACUGCAGAAAAUGUCCCAUUCAACGAGAUUUUUAAUACCUUAGUUUUAUUCUUUAGAUCUUUAACAUAGUUUUUGGUUGAUUCAGCGACUGUUGGUGCAGCUGGAGAAAUUCCAUUUUUAAUAAACAAUUAGCGGUUUUUAUUUGAAUUCAAAGAUUGCGCUUUUAGGCAGAUUUUUAGCGUAAAUGUCUCGUUUUGUGGAAGAUUUUUCGCAGUGAAGACUUUCAUGAAAACGUGAUCGUCGGUUAAAAAAAAGACACGGACGUUCACGAUUCUUUUUCUUUUGUACAAUUAGUAAAGAAGGAAAAAAGAUGAUCUUUGUAAUUUGACUGUUCUGUUUUAGAAAAGGAGGAAGGCUGUAAAGAAAUCCUGCCUUCUGAUCUAAUAGGCUCUUUUUUGGAAUGACUGUCUUUUAGUUGUCGCCUCUAAAACAAUUUUUCAUGGUUGUGAUAUUGUUGUGGUCUUCUUCUUAUUACCGUGUUUGUCGCUUAUAAAAAUAAAAAAAAAUAAAAAAUGUUUUAAUCCUAAAAAAAGCACAAAUAAAAGAAUAGGUUACAUUCAUAA